GCUGCAUACCCCACGACAGCUGCAAACCAAAGCAGUGUGUGAACUUUGCAGGGAUCUGUGCAGACUCUUGCUACUCUGGGAUGAUCUGUCCUUCCUCUAGCUGACCCAGGACAUAGUUUCAACGUUUCUUGUUUGAUCUUCUCUGAGCAAUCUUCACAAUGACUGGCCAGUUCUUGGAGGAGAUGGUGGACACCAGCUUUACAGAGGAAAUAGAGUGCAAGAUCUGCUACAAUUUCUACAACCUGAGGGACAGGAGGCCUAAGGUCUUGGAGUGCUGUCAUCGGAUGUGCAGCAAGUGCCUGUACAAGAUCAUCGAUCUCAGGGAAUCCCCACAGAAUGCCAUCACCUGCCCUUUUUGUCGAUAUGAGACUAGUCUGCCAGAUGAAGCUGUGGAUAACCUUCCUGACGACCACAACAUUGUGGCCACCCUGAGCCUUGGGGUGAGGACCAAGAGGUAUUUGCAAGAGAAUUCAGCUGAACUGCUGCUGAGCUCAAAGAGACUGACCUCCUUUGUGAACCCUUCACACAGCUCUUCAAACUGUCUGGUCAUUACCAUCAUGGAGGUCCAAAGGGAGCCCUCUCCAUCUCAGGGCUCGACUGCCCCUGCUGUGGAGGUUUACAGACCCUCUAGUUUCGACUCCCUUGCUUCGAUGUCUCGUCGCUGGACCAUGUGGAAUUGCACUUCUUUGCUCUGCCAGACAUUGGCACAGAUAGUCGUUUGGUUGCUGGGUCUGUUAUACUUUAGCUCCUUGCCUCUUGGGAUCUACCUGCUGGUCAUUCAGAAAGUAACUUUAGGGGUCAUAUUUGUCAGUUUGGUUCCAUCUAGCCUUGUCAUAGUCAUGGUAUAUGGAUUCUGUCAAUGCUUAUGUCAUGAAUUUCUGGACUGUAUAUCUUCAUGAUAAAUAAUACACUGGGGUCUAUUGUCAUAAUCUAAACAGAGAUGGAUCUAAAUAUUGCCACUCUAUAGUAUGGUAAGCCAUCUUCUAAAGUACAUAGUGUUUUAGUUUUAGUAGUUAUACAAGUUGUUGGGAGAUCUGUCACUGUUUUGUAUCUUAUAUAAAUGAUUCAGGGAUGGAAAUAAAGACUCCUAUUGCAUAGCAGUUUCACCCAUUCCAUGUUUUAAUACCAGCUUGAUUAGCCAGAGUGUAUAGGUACCAAGAUUAGGUGUGUCUUAUUAAACUCAUAGUAAAACCAGGAAUGGAUCAAACUACUAUGCAAUGGGAGUCUUAUUGCCAUCUGUGUAAAUGUAUAGCAAAUUACAGGGGAAAUUUACCUUGGUAAACCUUGAGGUAGGGCCUUUAAAACAAAAUUGCAUUUGUUUUAUUUUUAGAAAUAAAUUGUGAAAAUUGAUAAAUAUGUUUCAUGUAAAUGUAUUUCAACAGUGAGACGUAACUAAGCAGAACAACUUUGAAGGGAAUACAUUUACACAAGACAGCCUUAUUCAAGUAUCAUACAGGAUACAGACCCCCAUUUGUUGUUACAAGGUACUGCAGCCUGUUUUCCCAUAUAAGCAAGGUUAGAUUUAAAGUUUAGAUGUGGUCUCUUUUUUGGUUUAUAUGUUUACAGAUAUAAUAGUAAUAAUAAUAUAUUUAUUUGGACCACCAUCACAAAGCGCUUUACAGUGGUAGGCUGUGAACUGUACAUUAUAUGCAGAGUAACUUACAAUAGGACAUUGAUUUAACAUCUCACCCGCAGGAUGGAGCACAAGAAGGUUAAGUGACUUGCUCAGAGUCACACAGUGAGUCAGUUAGUGGCAAAGGUGGGAUUUGAACAGGUGGCCUUCUGGUUACAAGCCCUGGACUUUAACCACUGGACCACACUGCCUCCAGGUCUUUCUGAUUACUAUUCAGUUACUUGUUAACAUCUGUACAUAUAGUAUAUCAGUUAUUAAAGAGAGCUUUAGCAGACAAAUAAAAACAGACAGCAUCUACUUUUUGGUAUUAAAAUGUUUAUUUUUGAUUAUAAUUAUUAUUUUUAGCUUUAGUGGGCAAAUGGAGAAUUAAAUGUGGGUGCUUUCAUGUAAAAACUGAAUGACAUUUCGCUGUAAAAAAAGUAAAAGUAAUUUUAAGCUUCCAGAUUCAUAAUCCAGUGUUUAUGUCACCUUGAAUGAAGAAAGUUUUUUGUCAGUAGUGCCUAGUCCACUCGUAAUAAUAAUUAGCACAGAAGAUCUUAUGCUUCCAAUGAUUCAGAGGCAUGCGCAUAAUUGCUUCCAAGUUGAAACAAACACCUUAUAUUUUAGCGUCUCCAAGAACUAGUUCACUGGAGCUCAUUGGACUCCAUUAUGAAGUGAGUUCAAAAGGCACUUCAUAAAGAAAUAAAACUAUUGUAAUGGGAGUGAACCAAAAAAAACAUCUCCAGGAAGAGCAGAUUGUACUUUAAAGGGACCAAUCCCAAACUCAAAAAAAAAAAAAAAUGUUGUAUUACAUACAUGUACUCUGUAUUAUCUGAUGUGAAAAUACACAUUGAAAGCCAUAUUUCUGUAUUUACACACCUACAGUCUCCCAUACUACCCAUUGGUGGUAAUAUUAUUUUUAUAGGUACUGUUUUUUGCCAUCCUGUCGUUUCACAAAUUGCUUCAAAACCACAUUUAUAAAAUCCAAUUUUUUCUAUUCUGAGGCCUCUUUCACUGUGUCACUACUGCUACCGAAACUGCUAAACUUUCACUUCAGUUAAUCUCCUAUUUUGUUUGAUUGGGCUCUAAGAGAAGUGUUCUGAGUGCAUGCACAAAUGGCAGUGGGGAAAGUCACUGGGACAUGCUUUGUUAAAUUUAAUUGGGUGGGAUAUCCAAACAUGACUGUAAAAGUGUUGUAGGAUCCGCUGAUGAAGUGAGUGACAGGCAGAGUUGUGGUUGAAAAUGCCUGAACAGGCACCUAGGUUUUAUUAUUCAACCACACACACACACACACACACACAUAAACACACACACACACUCACACACACACACACACACACACACACAGACACACACACACUAAUAGUCACACUAAUAGACACAGAUAGUCCUAUUUUUUCUCCAUAAUUAUGUGUAUAUCUAUGGCUUCAAGAGUGGACAGGUGUCAGACGAUGACGUUUAGGUUGAUUAUAAGUGAUUAUGAUUAUUACUUUGUUGUGUUAUGUGAUUAUGAUUAUGACGCCAUUCCGGUGAUUAUGAUCACGAAAAACACAUGAAAGGGUUCUGUUCUACUAAGGUCUAUAAGACUGAGUCUACUGCUGUACACUGCAGUACAUAAAACAAGUGGCAGGAAUACACAAUUAAAAAAAACAUUUAAAAAAAUGUUGUAGUACAAAUAGUCCAAAAUAACUCAUGUGUAGUGUGUUAUGCGUCAUGCUCGCACACAACUUCCCAAAAAGAGAAAGAAACCAAAGUUUACUGUUCCAUCACUUAUUUGCUGUCUAGAUUGAUGCAAACCUUGCUAAACUGAUUCAUUCUAACAAAAUACUAUUAGUGAGUUGGUUCAGGAGUUCUCGCAAUUACAAUGUCGUAUUUGUAGUUCCGUUAUUGCACUUUUGCCUUAAUCACAUUAACAACCAUGGUCACCAAUGGGUAAUGACACAUUACACAACUAGAGCAGUUCUGUGUGUGCAGAGAGUAUUAAGAGAUAUAUCUUGAAUACUUUGAAAGAUCUGACCAUUGUCUAUUUUCAGUACUUGUUUUCAUCUGUCAUGCCAUUAUACACCCAUAACUUUAGAGUUAUAAUAUUUUGGGAUUCUCCAUAAAACACUUCCAGGUCCUUCCAUGUGCGAUAUCAAAAGAAUUUCAAAUGGUGAGGUGGGGAAUAUUCCAAAAUUAAUUUGAUGUACAAUAACCCCAUACUACAUUACAAAUUACUGCAUCUUAUUUUAGUAAUACUAUAUAAUGUAGCAUACAUUUGUUGAUUAUGGAUUGCCAAACAAAAUUGGAUUAAUGGGUUAUCGUUAUCAGAUGGAUAUUUGAAAGAUGUGCCCCAUAGGUGACUUUUUUUUUACAUGACAGAAUGGUUUCUGUAAAGAUUUACUGAUCCCAUUUGCAAAUCAACUUUUUCUUAAAUAAAUGUGCCUGCUAUUGAUAAUACCUUUAGGAAAUGCAAACUAACUGGAAAGCCAACAAGGUCUUUUUUAUUUUAUUUUAUUUACAUUCCUCAGCAAGAGUGACUUUAAAAAAACAGUGUAGCCUAUGGAACAAAAUAAUCUUGCAGAAAAAUACUAUUAUUAUUAUAUUUAUUUAUUUAUUAGCAGACACCCUGCUCCAAGCAAAUACACAUAUACAGUGACUACAAUUUCCUUCUGGUAACAUUUUAGCAUCUUAAAUAUAAUGUAACAUUUAAAUUCACAUUUUAACAUGUAAUGAUGGUGGUAUUUGCUGGUGUUGUCUGUUCUGGUUUGUUUGUGGUUCAAUGUACUGAAUAUUGAGAAUAUACUAUAAAUGUAGAACAUUGUUAAUGAUCCAUAAAGUUAUACAUGUGCAACAAACAAUGUAGUAUUACCUAUUUAAACAAAUGUUUUACAAACAAAAACAAUCCUUUACCAGAUAUUUUAUUAUGUACGGCAAUGUGCCUCCAUAUGUUCCCCACCUUUUUUUUUUUUUUUUAAAUAUAUAUCCAUUGUUUUGGGGUCCUAAGCUGUUAUAAUUGCUGGGCCUGGCUGAUGACAGGGUCGUCAUCAUGUGUCACGUCUCUGGUGGAAACCAGGCUUUACACUGGAUGCCUAAUAGAAUAAAUCUUUUUUUUUUACUGUACUGUAGCAACGUGCCCUGCCCCUGUGUGUAUUUUUGUGUAAUAAACACGAGUGUUUAAAAUGUAUAAUUGUAUUUAGGCACGGGGAUUGCACUUCACUUCACAUGCAUUUAAAGUACUUAAUAUGUGAGUAUGGGGUUUUCACAGAUUAGUUCAUGUGCUGGGAUUCAAGCGAAUAAUUGGUAAUUGAAUCCCAGCACAAUUGUAUAUAUAGAUGCACAUUUCAUUCACUCUGGGUUUUAAGUCCAAACAAAUGCAAACCUUGGAGAAAAGAAGCCUUAUAAUGAACUAGUUUGACUCACUAAGACAGAAUGAUUCAACUCAAACUCAGGUGACCUUUGACAGCAAAUUUUUUUUUUAAAACUGAUUUUUUAAUGUAAUUAUAAUUUCUAAUAUCUACAAAUUCAAGAAUGUAGCAUUGUUACUUUUGCAUACUGUUGUAAGCUAAAUGUUCUUGUUCUAACAUACUUUUUUCCUAGAGAUAUUUUAGACUAUGUGGUGUUUCAUUUAAUGCUGUUACAUUAAAAUAUGUCACAAAAUGAAUAUAUUUUUUCUCAUUUGGAUACACAGAGUAAUAUAGCUUUCUCAUUGGCUCACAGAGAAUCUACAGAAUCUGUAACACAACCCAGUCGAUUAUAUUUCCGACAAUUGUAAUUACUCAAUUGUAAUCCAUUUUAUUUUGUACUGGAUCCAUAAUAAACAGUAGA